AUGUCCUAAUUGUGACUGCAGAUAUAAACGGCUACAGCAACAUAUUAGAAACCCUAGCGAGAGACAGAGGCGACUGCUAAAAUUAGCUUGAACUAGAGUCUCUGCAACAAAUGGCGACUGCUAAAACUGUGAAGGACGUUUCCCCUCACGAGUUCGUAAAGGCUUACGCUGCCCAUCUCAAGCGAUCUGGCAAGAUUGAGUUGCCUCCCUGGACUGAUAUUGUGAAGACCGGUACACUUAAGGAGCUUGCACCUUAUGACCCUGACUGGUACUUUGUUAGAGCUGCUUCUAUGGCAAGAAAGAUUUACUUGAGGGGAGGGCUUGGUGUAGGUGCCUUCCGUAGAAUUUAUGGGGGGAGCAAGAGGAAUGGAAGUCGUCCACCUCAUUUUGGCAAGAGUAGUGGCGCCAUUGCUCGUCACAUACUUCAACAAUUGCAGAACAUGAAUAUUGUGGACAUUGACCCAAAGGGUGGAAGAAGAAUCACUUCAAGUGGUCAAAGGGACCUUGACCAAGUGGCUGGGCGCAUUGUGGUUGCCCCUUGAUCAAUCAUAGUUGCGGUCUGCUACAAAAUAUCAGUUUAUUUUUGUAGUUUUAGAUUUAUGUUUAGCAAUUUGGAGGAAUAUUAAUGCAGCUACCAGAUCACAUUUUAAAUUAAAUGUUUGGUUGCAACUCUCCUGAGUGUUUUUGAGACGAACAUGUUUGCUUGCCUUUUUAUAUAUGACAUGUUAAUUUUGAGUUUA